UGGAGGAAGCCGUCAUGCGACGUGCGGGAAUUCUGACAGGAGAACAAGCGCUGAGUUCGACGCAUCCGUUGACGUCAGCUCAGGUGCACUGCAGUCGUUUAGCUGCACAGAAGCAUGCAAGUGCGUUUUGACGCUAUAGCACUGCUCGCCUGUCUCAGCACGGAUCAUACGGGAACGGGUACUACAAGAUUCAGCCAUGCAUCCAGCAAGAAGAGCAAUGGACAGCGAGACGGCAUUCGUCAUCGCCAUUAUCGUCGUGUUUAUCGUGAUCGGAAUAUUUGUCUUCUUCUACGCAUGCUGCGUUACGGAAGAAAAGUUGAAGCUUGCUACGAAAAAGAAAGCCGAGCAGAAAAAGGCCGCCGAGCAAAAGAAAGCCAACGAACAGAAAGCAGCUGCGUCUGCACCGAGUCCAGCUCCCUCAGCACCGGCUCCUGACACCCAAGCAGCACCGAAGACGACAGACGCGAAAGACAUCCCAAAGGUGGUAGUAACGGUACCAGGCACUACACCUUCCAGUCAAGAGCCGCUGGUAGCCUCUUCGCUCGCGUCAGCUAUCAUGUCAGCCCUAUCAUCAAAAUGCCGUUCUGUAGUACAUCCAGCGGAUGAAAAAGGAAACGUUGUCAUAGAAGUCAAACCAGAGAAGAAGCCACCAUCACCCAAGCUGUGCGAAAAUGGCUAUAGUAUUCACCUCUAGUAACCUGCCGCAUCUUGAGCUCCGGAGCUCGCGCGCUGUGCCAUGUCGUUUCAUUCCUCACAUGACCGUUGGUCCCCGUGCACACCCAGCAAGCUUCAUGGAUCUAUAGGCUACGAUGAAUUGAUGUGUCACGGCCUCAUAGAAAUGGCAUACUGAGUCCUGUAUUCGCUUUUCGGACCCUUCCUGCAGUUCAUCAUGCAGGCUUUCAUUGCUCCAGGGGCAGAGCUAACUGUCGCAUCUUUGUGGUGAUUUCACCUGAUUUAUGAACUGAUAUUCCCAAAUGCUCAGACGGGUGUACGGUGUGAAACACCGGUGUACACUGAAAGUUUUUAUGUCUGUCGAUAUUAUACAAAUAAAAGUGAUCUAAAAAUUUGGGGAAGGUAGGCAUUUCCAAACACGAAUCUGUGGGCAAUCACAAUUCAGCAACUUCGGGUCGCAUUGGCAUCAGCUUUAAAUGACAGAAGAUAAUAAAUUGUUUUUGUCUGGGCAUAAAAAAGGGCAGGAGGAGUAACGAGAACAAGAUCCUUCUGCGUUCUUUUUUCUUUCACAGCUGCAGUGGUGCCGAAAAUGUUGCAGGAAAAUGAUCUGCUCUGAGUCAUGAUGUUCUAAUUUUAGUUGACUAUAUAGCGGGCACAAUGCUCUUGUGGGUUGUCCUGUGUUUCAUCAUCAGCAGGCUAUGUUGCGGUGUUGAAGACAGGUGUCCGAUAUUCUCACCCUAAAAUCUUAUAAUCUACUGGACAAUAAUAUCCUAAAGUAGCAUCUGGAAUUACUGCACUUCA